UUUUUCAAGGUUUUUUAAAUUAAAAAAUCCAAUUAUCUACAAAGGAAUGAAAUCAGAAACAUUUAGAAAAUUAUCAUUUGGAUAUUACACAACGUCAGCUAAACCUUUAGAGAUAACUGUACGUGAUGCGUUAAAUCAAGCAAUGGUUGAAGAAAUGGAAAGAGAUGAGAGAGUAUUUCUUCUUGGUGAAGAGGUUGCACAGUAUAAUGGUGCUUAUAAGGUUUCUAGAGGAUUACUUGAUAAAUUUGGGCCUAAAAGAGUGAUUGAUGCACCUAUUACAGAGUCAGGAUUUGCAGGACUUUGUGUAGGUUCUGCUCUUGCAGGUUUAAUUCCUAUAUGUGAAUUUAUGACAUUUAAUUUUUCUAUGCAAGCUAUUGAUCAUGUUGUAAAUUCAGCAGCGAAAACAUAUUAUAUGUCGGGUGGUAUUCAGCCAUGCAAUAUUACAUUUAGAGGGCCUAAUGGUGCUGCAUCAGCUGUUGCUGCACAACAUUCUCAAGAUUUUUCUUCAUGGUAUGGAUCAAUACCGGGAUUAAAAGUACUUAGUCCAUAUUCAGCAGAAGAUGCAAAAGGAUUAUUAAAAGCAGCAAUUAGAGAUCCAAAUCCUGUUGUUGUUCUUGAAAAUGAAAUUAUGUACGGAGCUACAUUUUUACUUUCACCAGAAGCACAAGAUAAAGAUUUCUUAAUUCCUAUAGGAAAAGCCAAGAUUGAAAGAGCUGGAAAAGAUGUUACACUUGUUUCCUAUUCAAUUUACGUUAGGGUUUGUUUGGAAGCAGCUGAAAGAUUAGAAAAAGAAGGUAUUCAAGCUGAAGUCAUUAAUUUAAGAAGUAUUCGUCCUUUAGACGUUCCCUGUAUUGUAGAAAGUAUUAAAAAGACAAAAAGAUGUGUAGCAGUUGAUGGUACAUUUCCUGAUUUUGGUGUUUCAAGCGAAAUUGCUGCAAGAAUUAUGGAAAGCGAUGCUUUUGAUUAUUUAGAUGCUCCCGUGGAAAGAGUAACAGGCGCUGAUGUACCCAUGCCUUAUGCCCCACCUUUAGAAGCUCUUUCAAUUCCUAAUGCAGAUGUUGUUGUUAGUGCUGCUAAAAAGGCGCUUUAUCGUUAAGAUAAACAUUAUAUUAGGGUUAUAAAUAUAUCUAACAAUAUUUUU